AUGACUGAGCAGAGCGGAGAGGGGGCGUGGCCAGCCCGCCUUCCCGCUCUGGUGCCGGCGGAGGACGCGGCUGCCGGUCCGCGACCACCCCAGAGGGAGCAAGGGGACCCCCGGGAACAGCCAGGACCAGAGCGGAGGGACCCCCGGGAGCACCGAGAACCAGAGCAGAGAGACCCUCGGGAGCAGCCAGGACCAGAGCAGAGAGACCCUCGGGAGCACCGAGAACCAGAGCAGAGAGACCCUCGGGAGCAGCCAGGACCAGAGCAGAGAGACCCUCGGGAGCAGCCAGAGCCGAACAGGAGCAGAGGGACCCCCGAGACAGAGCAGGAGCGAGGGGAUCCCCGGGACCACCCAGAACCAGAGCAGCGGGACCCCCGGGAGCAGCCGGGAACCGAACAGGAGCAGAGAGACCCCCGGGACCAAGCAGGAGCAGAGGAACCCCCGGGACCGAACAGGAGCCCCGGGACCACCCAGAACCAGAGCAGAGGGACCCCCGGGACCGAGCAGGAGCGGAGGUUCCCCCGGGAGGGCUCAGGACCGAGCAGGAGCGGAGGUUCCCCCGGGAGCAGCGGUUCCCCCGUGCCGUCGGUGCUGCAGGCAGGUACGUGGGGUGCAGAUGUGCCCAGCUGUGACCCGCGGCUGUUUCUCACCCUCCGUGACCCCGGGGGGUUCUCGGGGCGCCCCUGA